AUGCCGAAACACGAGGCGUUGACUCCGAAGGCGAUCGGAAAGCGGAUCAAAUCGAAAGGCCUGCAGAAGUUGAAGUGGUUUUGCCAAAUGUGCCAAAAACAGUGUCGCGACGAGAAUGGCUUCAAAUGCCACUCGACGUCGGAAUCACAUCAAAGACAACUCCUCCUCUUCGCCGACAAUCCGCACAAAUAUAUGGACGCCUUCUCUCAGGAGUUCCUCAAAGACUUCCUCCAUCUGCUGAAGACUCGGUUCAGCACUCGUCGAGUGUUCGCGAAUCAGGUCUAUCAGGAGUACAUCAAAGAGAGGGAUCACUUGCAUAUGAACGCCACGCGUUGGGUCACUCUCUCCGGGCUCGUCAAGUGGAUGGGCCGGAAGGGCAUCUGUCACGUGGACAACACCGAGAAGGGAUGGUUCAUCACUUACAUCGACAGAGACCCCGAGAAAGUGAUGAAACAGAAGAAUCUGUUGCGACGGCAGAGGACUGAGAAGGACUACGAGGAGAGGUGUCAGCAGAAUAUCGCCGAUCAGAUCGAAAGAGGCAAACAAUUGGAGACCAAUAGUAGCGGUCAUAAUAGGGAUGACGACAACACCGCCGCUGAAGACAACGAUCUCAAGGCUAAGGAGUUUAAGAAGGAAAGCGAAGAACAGAAGAUAGCGUUUAGUCUUGGUUUAGGCAAAAGUGAGGCCAAAGCGGGCGCCGAGACCUCCGCGUCCACAUCUAGUGCCUCGCAGUCGACGACAAAUGGCUUUAAAAUAGGUUACAAUGAAUUGAAGAAUGCGGACAAAAGCGAUACCAUCUCUGUCUGCAGUUCUAAACGUAAAUUGAAUACUAAAGACUCCCAAAACAAGAAGUCAGCGUUGGAUCAGAUAAUUGAAGAGCAGGAAAAACUGCGCCAAAAGUCGGCAAAACACGACUACUGGCUAUUAAGGGGAAUUGUAGUGAAAAUAGUGACCGACUCUUUGGGCGAGAAGUACUACAAAAGGAAAGGAGUGGUCGAGAAGGUUGAGGACAAGUAUACGUGUGUUUUGCGAGUAUUGGAUACAAACGAUGUCUUAAAAUUGGACCAAAAACACGUCGAGACUGUUAUCCCGCAAAUCGGCCGCAAAGUGCUUGUAUUGAGGGGAUUGUAUCGCGGAUUAGAGGCAACACUUUUAGACGUGAAUUACGACAAGUUUUGCGUCAAAAUACGAAUCGAUUCCGACGUUUCGAAAGGACGUGUUGUGGAAAAGUUGAAAUACGAAGACAUUUCCAAAAUGAAUAACUAG